GUGUAUUGUAUUUGUGUGCAAGUGUAAAACACAAAAAAUGGCACCGAUGUGGAGUGAACCUAAACCAUUCAUCCACACAAUAUAAAGAGAGCACCGCGCCUUAUCGACCCAAAAACCCCUCUUUCACUUCCUCUCUACACCCUAUCUUCUUCCUCCUACUCUCUUAUCCUCUCCCUCCAUUUCUCCUCUCUUCAACUUCUUCACUGAAGAAUAGAGGCAGAAUAUAAUUCAUUAAAACCAGCCAUUGUUUUGUAACAAUGGCAUCUUCUUCAAUUGUUGGGGUUUCUUCCAUACUCUACCAAACCCCUUCUUUUCAAACCCCCUCCACAAAGUUUGCUCUUUCUCCUGCGCUUUCCCUUCCGUUUUCUGCCUCAAAGCCGAGGGUUUUGAAGUGGGUUUCUUCUGCAAUUGCUACCCCUAACUCUGUAUUGAGUGAGGAGGCUUUUAAAGGGAUUGCUGGUGAUUUUUCUAAGGGCUCGUUUGAUGUUAGCGAUGAGGAGUUUGAUGAAGGGGAUGAUUUAGAGUUUGAGAGUGAAAUUGAGGGUUCUGAGCUUAGUGCAGAUGAGCUUGAUGUUUCCAAAUUGGGGCUUCCUCAAAAGCUUGUUGAGUCUCUUGCCAAUCGAGGCAUUACCCAACUCUUUCCCAUUCAGCGAGCUGUAUUGGUUCCUGCUCUGGAAGGGAGAGAUAUCAUCGCUCGAGCAAAGACUGGGACAGGAAAAACACUGGCUUUUGGGAUUCCAAUCCUCAAACGCGUUACUGAAGGGAGUGACGUAGUUCCUCAACGGCGGACUGGGCGUCUUCCAAGAGUUCUAGUUCUAGCUCCAACCAGAGAGUUGGCAAGACAAGUUGAGAAGGAAAUGAAAGAGUCUGCACCAUAUUUGAACACUGUUUGUGUUUAUGGAGGUGUUUCUUAUAGUGCACAGCAAAAUUCUCUUUCUCGCGGAGUUGAUGUGGUGGUGGGAACUCCUGGUAGAAUUAUUGACUUGGUCACAAGUAACAGCCUCAAACUGGGGGAAGUUGAAUUUUUGGUUCUUGAUGAAGCUGAUCAAAUGCUCGCUGUUGGGUUUGAGGAAGAUGUGGAGGUAAUUUUGGAAAGGCUUCCAGCUCAAAGGCAAAGCAUGCUUUUUUCAGCAACUAUGCCUUCCUGGGUGAAAAAAUUGUCCAGGAAAUAUUUGAACAAUCCUCUGACAAUUGAUUUGGUUGGUGAUCGGGAUGAAAAGUUGGCAGAAGGGAUUAAACUGCAUGCAAUUUCAACCACAUCAACUUCUAAGCGUACAAUCCUUAGUGAUGUUAUCAUGGUGUAUGCAAAGGGUGGGAAAACCAUUGUGUUCACACAAACAAAACGAGACGCUGAUGAGGUUUCUUUGGCAUUAUCAAGUAUUAUUUCUUCGGAGGCAUUGCAUGGAGAUAUAUCUCAGCACCAGCGUGAGAGGACAUUGAAUGGCUUUCGACAAGGAAAAUUUGCUGUGCUAGUUGCCACUGAUGUUGCUGCACGUGGUCUUGAUAUUCCAAAUGUUGACCUGAUUGUUCAUUAUGAGCUUCCAAAUGAUCCCGAGACUUUUGUGCAUCGUUCUGGUCGUACAGGAAGAGCAGGAAAGUUAGGCACAGCCAUUUUAAUGUACACUAGCAACCAGAGAAGAACAGUCCGAUCUCUUGAAAGGGAUGUAGGGUGUAAGUUUGAGUAUAUAAGCCCCCCAUCAGUUGAAGAGAUCUUGGAGUCGUCUGUUGAUCAGGUUGUUUCCACUCUUGGUGGGGUUCAUUCCGAGUGCAUUGAAUUCUUUACUCCAACUGCCCAGAAAUUGAUAGACCAGCAGGGAACUGUAGCCCUUGCAGCAGCAUUAGCCCAUAUGAGUGGCUUUGCCCAACUUCCGUCAUCAAAAUCUCUUCUUAGUCAUGAGCAGGGGUGGAUAACAUUGCAAUUGACUCGCGAUCCUGGUGUUUCAAGAGGAUUUAUGUCUGCUAGAUCUGUUAUGGGAUUUUUAUCUGAUGUUUAUGCAACUGCUGCUGAUCAAGUUGGAAAGAUACAAUUAGUUGCAGAUGAGAGGGCUCCAGGUGCUGUUUUUGAUCUGCCUGAGGAAAUUGCAAAGCAGCUUCUGACUAAAGAAUUACCUGCAGGAAACUCACUAGCCAAAAUCUCUAAGUUGCCUCCACUGCAAGAUGACGCACCUCCAAGUGACAACUAUGGAAGAUUUGGUAGAGGUGGAGGUCGCGGAGGUUCAAGUGGAAGAGGAGGGCGAAGUCCCCGUGGUUGGGGUGGUAAGAGUCAGGACUUUGAUUUUGAUGACGAUAGGCGUGGGGGUCGAAGCUCCUCCUCCAGACCUAGCAACAGGUGGUCUUCAAAUUCAAGAAGCAGUGGGGAUGAUUCUAGCAACAGGUGGUCCUCAAACUCAAGAAGCAGCGGGGAUGAUUCUAGCAACAGGUGGUCUUCAAACUCAAAAAGUAGUGGGGACGAUUGGCUGAUUGGUGGUAGUGGUAGACGAUCAAGUAGGUCAUCAUCAUCCUUUGGAAACAGGGACAGGGGAGGCUUUGGUGGUGCGUGCUUCAAUUGUGGGCAAGGUGGACACAAGGCAUCAGAUUGCCCCACCAAGCAAUCAUACUAGAAAUUUGCUUCGUCAAGUUUUCUAAGAUUUUGACGGCAUGAGGAUGGGAUACAUCUCACUCACGCCUGUUGCUUUUGUUCAGCUGCCAAAUUCCGGUCAAAGUAUACUCUCUUCAUUCAGAGUAAUGGAUCCAUUAAAGAGAUGCUGUUUUAAGUGGUUUGAAAUGUGAAAUCCUGCCUGCAUCAUACGGAGCUCCACUGACCUUACAGUCAGAUUGUCACUGCAACAAAGUAGUUCACACAGGAGUAUCUAGAUUUCUAAUUAGUAAAAACUUGUAGUAGUAUUAUCAAAUAUCAAGGGUCUUCAUAGUUGUAUUUACCGUUUUCUAGUGUCUCCGCGCCAUAGCUUUUGCUGUAAUGUCAUUGGGGUGUUUAUCCAUGCAGGAAAUUCUUGGUGUAUAUAAUCUAGUCAGAUACAGAGGAAAGCUCACUGUAGCCGUUUGCGGCUGUUUUUGACUUUUUUGUUGCUAAGUUCCAAGUUGAGCAAUUGUGUGUUGUGUUGCAAAGUAAAAACAGAUGUUACUUUUAUAUUUUUUUUCAAAUUCCUUCA